UGAGAAAGUGGAUCUCUCUCUCUCUCUCUCUCUCUCUUCCCCCCUCCUCUCCUCUCCUCUCCUCUCUCUCUUCUCGCCCUGUGGAGGCCGACAGUAGGGGGACUCGGAGCCUUGAUGGCAACCGUCCACUUCGAGACAACUUGGAAGACCCGAAGAAUCCUCUCGCCGUAGCCGCUAGUUCGAUGGGUGCCGUCGAAGAAUCCCUCCAUAAUCGAGGCUGGACCAGGGAUUCCGGUCUGUGGCACCCUCAGGAAUUCGUCAGCGGCCUCGUGAAGAGCUUCUCGUCCAAUUUCCUCUCAAAAUUUGACCAAAAGAGCACAAAAUCCGCACCUCUAAUCCCCAAGUCGACCACACGAUGCCCCGCUGUAUUCACUGGCUUGCCGGUCGUCAACCUCGCCCGGAACAGCCCAUCGUCAUCGUCUUCGUUGUCUCAAGAUAAAAGCAUCUCCUCUUCUUCUUCGUUUGCUCCUUCUGGGCUUCAUUCCAGCAUGAGGAUUGAUGGGCUCGAUUCCAGCUUGAAGGGAGGUCCAGCGUUCGUGGGCCAGGUGUUUAGCAUGCUGGACCCAUCUGGUACUGGACUCAUGGCAGUCACCACUCACUUCCAAAUCCCAUUCUUCUCAAGAGUUCCUGAUUGGCUUAAGAUGGUGCUUCCAACGGCUUUCAAGAAUGAAAGGGAUGCUCCUGUUUUCCGUUUCUUUAUGGAUUUAGGGGAUGCAGUGACCUAUGUGAAAAAGCUGAACAUUCCGACGGGUAUGGUGGGGGCUUGCCGCCUUGAUGUUGCAUAUGAGCAUUUCAGGGAAAAGCCUCACAUGUUCAAAUUCAUUCCGAACAAGAAGCAGGUCAAGGCAGCUAAUGGACUUCUGAGGAAAAUGUCACAGAGGCACAAAAAAAGAACAGUUCAUGGAGUUCCAGUAUUUACUGCCCAAAAUCUGAGCAUUGCAAUUGCGACCACUGAAGGGAUAAAAUGGUACAAGCCAUAUUUCUUUGACAAAGGUUUGCUUGAUAAUAUUCUGGAAGCAUCCAUUGAUCAGCACUUUCAUACCUUAAUCCAAAACCGGCAUAUGCAACGCAGAAGGGAUGUGAUAGAUGAUAACUUCCCAGCAGAGAUGGUUGAUGAUAGCAUUGAUAGCCUCUUGGAACCUCCAGAGGUCCAUGAAAUGCUGGAAGAAAUGGGUUCUCCUGGAAUACCUCUGAGUGUUGUAUCAAAAGCUGCAGAAAUCCAAGUCUUUGAUGCUGUUGAUAGGAUACUAUUGGGAAACAGAUGGUUACGGAAAGCAACUGGUAUCCAACCGAAAUUCCCCUAUCUCGUUGACUCAUUUGAAGAAAGGAGUGCGGCUUCCUUUUUGAAGAUGACGGGAACUGCAGAGACUGAUAGAGGUUUUGAUGAUCAGAGACAAAUCAACUCUGAAGCAGAUAGAAAUGAAGGCCCCCAAACGGAGGAAUGUCAUGGUGUUGCAAACCAUGCUGGAUUUCGUUUUCGCUUUCCUUUCUGGGACCUAUUUUCACAUUCAAUGCCUGCUCAACUUCAGAAACAAGAGACACUAGGGUCGAAUAUGAGUGGAACUGGCUCCAACAGUAGACAUGCUGAAGAUAUCCCCCCUAAUCCACUUCUUCCUAAAAUUACAAUGGUUGGAAUCUCUACAAGUGAACCGGGCAGACUGAACAGGUCCAGCAUAAAGAAAACCAUGGAUGAUCUGACACGUGAACUUGAGCAGGCAAGUCAGAAGCUCCAUCCACUUAGUGAAGAGAAUGAUCCUUUAUUUGUUGCAAAUGUGGGGGAUUAUUCCAGUUUUGUGAAAACAAGCUCAACUUAAUGCCUUCUAUAGAGGCAACACCCCACAUAUCUUUAAGAGUAUGUUGUACAUGCCUGUUUUUCUUCAUUUUUGAAGCCAAACAUGCGUGAAUAGAAAAAGGUGCGAAUGUGCCAAAUACAGCAAAGGAGUAAUGUAAAGUUUAAUCUAUAAUUUCUGAUUUUCUUAAAGCAGCCUAUGAUUUUUUGUACAUCAGGAUUCCCGGUUGUUCUCCGGUAGAAUCGUUGGAAUAUCUCUGUUUGUACCACGAGAUCUACUGACAUGGAAAAUGAAUAGGUGCUGGAGAAUACAUGGUCACAGAAGUCCAUUUUUUUCAGUCGAAA